ACCGCUCAGUGCAGUUUCUUGUAAAAAUUUAGAAUUUAACAUAGAAUCUCUUGUUAUUCUUCAGUCUUCUACAAACAGUUCCUCACAUAAUUGUCUUUACUAUAAAAAUGUCAGUGCAUACAAUACUGUUGGACUUUUCAAUGGACCCCGCGCGACUGGGGGACGAAAAUGGCCAGAAAACAGUUUUCAAUCAGUUGGAAACGGUGCUGAAGGAGUAUGUUCCUAAUCUUCUCCUGACUGCCGAUAUAAAAGUGGACGGAGGGUCACUAAAAAUUCUAACUGGGAAGAAGGGAGCAAUCGUUUCAGUGAGACUCUUUGACCGUGGUCUUGUCACCGUAAACAUAGAGUAUUACAAAGAAGACUGUGAAGACCCAUUAAUUAGUUUCAAGUCAGCGAAGAUAUUGGAAAGUCAAAUGAAAAAAUACAUUGUUGCAUUAAAUUCUCAAGCUCUCACGCCCAUUAAGAGGUGCCUGUUUGGCAGGUAUUAUCCUACUUCUGAUGAAAGACUUUUGGAGUAUGACAUUGAUGAAGUACUUUUUGAUGAACAAUCACCAUUUCAAAAGAUUAAGAUUGUCCACUCCAAAUCCCUGGGUAACAUGCUGGUAUUAGAUGAUUUACAGAAUAUUUCAGAGGCUGAUCUUAUUUAUACGGAAACAUUGAUGCAGAGAGGAAAAGAGAAUUACGAGGGCAAAGAAAUUGUUAUUUUAGGUGGUGGUGAUGGUGCUUUAUUAUAUGAACUACUCAAGGAGAAGCCCAAGUAUGUGUGGAUGCUGGAAAUUGACGAGGUGGUGAUGAAGGCAUGCAACAAAUACAUGAAAUCCAUCUGCGGUGAUGUUCUGGAACAGAGGAAGGGACCUAAUUAUGAGAUAAUCGUGGAAGACUGCAUGCUGACGGUGAAGCGGUUCAUGCAGGAGGGUAGGAAGGUGGACUACAUAUUCGGGGACCUCACAGACAUCCCCAUAUCGGACGCGGACUGCGGCGAGUUAUGGGAGUUCAUGAUCAAUAUACUAGACGCCGCAUUCAAGAUACUGAAGACGACCGGCAAGUUUAUGACGCAUGGUAACGGAGCAACGUCCAUAGAUUCCCUGGAGAUGUACGAGCAAGUGCUGAUGAAGAUGGAGCCAGCGGUCGUCUUCCACAAGACCAAGGCGUUCGUGCCCUCCUUCCUCGAGGACUGGAUAUUCUACCAGAUAUCAUUCAAGGGCAAUGAUGUUGAAUAACACCCCGUCACAACCUUAAGACUAAGCCAUAAAAGUAAAAAAAGCUGACACAUAGUAUGCAGAGACGACAGUGGUUUAGUAUUAUUUUUUUAAAUAUUCCAAAUUGCGUUGUGUAUAAAAAUAUAUAGAGCCAAAUAUAGGCCCUUUUUGGAAGUUUGGUGGUUAAAAAGCUCAAUAAUUUUUUUUAUUAUUAUAAGUACUUAAUUACUGUGUUCAAAAAAUAUCACAAAUGUUUUUAUUGUUUUUUUUUUUUUUUUGUAGAUAGUUUAAUAUUUGGUUGUUUAAUUUUAGAUAGCUUUAAAAAUCUCAGUAUUAUUUUGUAGAAGUAGGCUUAGAAUUAAGAUGUUGAAAAUUAUAGUUCCUUUUUGUGAUUUUAUUUUAAUUUGUUUAGAUGUGUGAAAUGCAAUUGUUACUUAAAAAUCAAAAUAUGUAUCUCCAGCUAACCAUAAAGACAAUAUACCUAGCGGACUAGAGAAAUGUCACUAUCAGUAACACUGCGCUGUAAAAA